AUGUCCGAUCUAGCAGCCCUCGGUGCCAAACUUUUCAGCCCCAACCCGGAAUCUCGACCGAAAAUUGUCGGGACUGAGAAGCGUGUCCGGGGUGUCCUCAAUGGCAAAUACAUCUUCGAUACCACUGCCGCGAAAUUGGUGUGGGAGAACGGAUACUACCCUAUGUACUGGAUCCCUAAGUCCGACUUCCUUGACACUGUCAAAUUCAUGGAGGACAAACCAAUUUCUGGCAUAAACUCUUCAACCUCGACCUUGAGCGUCGGCAAUAAGUCCGUCCCUUCGCUUAUUGUUCCCGACUCAUUCAACUCGGAACUGGUUGGCUAUGUGAAAAUUGACUUCAAAGCCCUGGAUGCUUGGUAUGAAGAGCAGGCACAGGUUCUCUAUCACCCUAAAGAUCCGUACCACAGAGUUGACAUCCUCCCUUCCGGACGACAAGUGCGUGUUGAGAUCGACGGAGUCUGUCUCGCCGACACCGGGUCCGAAGGCGGUGUCAUGUCCCUCUGGGAAACCAACUUCCCCGCUCGCUGGUAUCUACCUCGCACAGCAAUCAAAUGGGAACAUCUCACACCAAGUGAUACGCAUACGGGAUGUCCGUACAAAGGAGAGGCCAGCUAUUACAAUGCCGUGAUCAACGGCAAGGAAGUUAAGGACGUGGCUUGGUGGUACAAGAAUCCGACACUAGAAAGUGCCGGCAUCAUUGGCAUGCUGUGUUUUUAUCCGAAUAAAGUCGAUACCUGGGUCGACGGGAAGGAAAUUGCGAAAAUCGGAAUGCCAAUGAAGAAGUAG